AUGACGAGGUCUGCUGGUACACCAUCUUCAAGCCAGGCCCGAGCUCGGGCUGCAAACGCCCCUUCCACCAGCAGGGCUGGUACAUCUAGAGGUGGAGCCACCCCGAGAGUACGUGGAGGAGGUGGUCGGACUGGUGGCCUCACUCGAGGGCAUGGUCCUGCGAAGGGAGACACAACUAUCUAUCAUGGGCUUCCAGAAGCAUGGAGGGUUAGACCUGGCUUGUCUGGCAAUUUUAAGAACAUAAGGGGUAGUGCUUGUUUUCAGCAGCUGGAAGCAGAGUUCUCGGAAGCUGAAAUAUGUGCUGCAGUCAAAGAGUGCAAUGGGAAUAAAGCACCAGGCCCCGAUGGCUUCAAUUUAAUGUGUAUACAAAAGAAUUGGAAGGUGUUUAAAGCAGAUGUCAUGAUGUUCAUGAAAGAAUUCCACAGCUUGGGUAAAUUGGCUUUCGGUUUGAACAGUUCAUUCAUCACCCUAAUUCCGAAAAAGGCCAAGGCAGUCAAUCUUAAGGAUUAUAGACCGAUAAGUUUGAUUGGAUCGAUGUACAAGAUUUUGUCUAAGGUUCUAACCAGUAGACUUAAGCUAGUUAUGCCAGAGGUUAUAGGUGAAACCCAAUCAGCUUUUUUGAGUGGAAGGACUAUCUUGGACGGGGUUUUGAUCGCAAAUGAAAUUGUGGAUGGGUGGAAGAAAGCUAAGAAGAAGGGGGUGUUGCUUAAACUUGAUUUUGAAAAAGCGUAUGACUCCAUCAACUGGGGUUAUUUGCUGUCCAUGCUGUCAAAUUUUGGCUUUGGCUCUAAAUGGAUAUAUUGGAUGAAGGAGUGUAUUGCAACUGCUAGAAUUUCUGUCCUUGUGAAUGGGUCACCAACCAAAGAGUUUAGCCCUCAAAAAGGACUAAGACAAGGUGAUCCAUUAUCACCCUUUCUGUUUAAUUUGGCUGUAGAAGGGCUUAGUGUUCUACUACUCAGAGCAAGGGAAUUGGGCCUGAUUAAAGGGGUGCAGAUUGGAGUUAAUGGGGUGGUUGUUUCACACCUUCAAUUUGCUGAUGACUCUUUACUUUUCUGUGAAGCGAAUAUGGAAGAGGUAUUGAACCUUAAAAGAAUUUUAAGGUGCUUUGAGAUGAUUUCAGGUCUUAAGAUUAACUUUCACAAGAGUGUGGUUUGUGGGGUUGGAGCUACAGUCAAUUCUCUUAAGGAGUUCGCUUCUGUGCUCAACUGCAAACAGCAGAACCUGCCACUGAAAUUUCUGGGUUUACCUCUGGGUUCUUCUCCAAGUAGGAAGAAAUUUUGGCAACCUGUUUUAGAUAAGAUAAAAUGCAGACUAGCGGGGUGGAAAAGGAGACUCUUAUCAUAUGCUGGAAGGUUGACUCUCAUUAAAUCAGUUCUGUCCAGUUUGCCAGUGUAUUACCUCUCCCUCUUCAGGUUGCCAGAAGGUGUGGCUAAGGAAAUAGAUAAAAUUCAAGCAGCCUUCUUAUGGGGAGGUACAGAAUUGAAAAGAAAAAUUCACCUAGUGAAGUGGAAGGAGGUGACCAAGAGCAUUACCCAGGGUGGGUUGGGAAUUAGGAGAAUUAGAGAGGUAAGUUCUUGUUUAUUAUUGAAGUGGUGGUGGAGGUUUGCAAGUGAAGAUCAAGCAUUAUGGAAAAAGGUGAUUUGUCAGAAGUAUAAAAUUGAAGCUGGAGCUUGGUUCCCAAAUCAAACUGGUGGUAGAAGAUGGUCAAAGUUAUGGGGUGAUAUUAUAGCAGUGGCAGAACAUAGUACCAAUCUAUUCCAAUUUUUUGCCAACAACUUCCAAAUUAAAGUGGGAGAUGGGAAUAGAGUGAGAUUUUGGCUUGAUGUGUGGCAUGGUGGCUUUUGUUUUAAAGAGGUUUUCCCUAGACUGUUUUCACUCUCUACAGAGAAGAAUGGUUCUUUAAAAUUUUUUGUUGACAAAAAAGGUAUCUCUGGGGCUUGGGAUCUUUGUCUAAGAAGGCCUUUGAGGCAGUGGGAGGUUGAGGAGGCAUUCAGGCUCACUGAUAUAUUAACAGCAGCUCCUAGGUUAAGUUUGGGGGUUAAAGAUAAUCCAAGGUGGCUGGAUUGUAAACCAGGUCAAUCCUUUGUUGCUUCUCUUUACAGGAAUUGUGAUCUGGGUUCUGGUGUAGCUGCAAGUACUUCUAGACUGGUGUGGAUUAAUUAUGUCCCACCCAAAGUUCAAUUCUUUGGUUGGCUAGCUUGGAAACAUAAGAUCAAAACUUCUGCUUUCCUUCAAAGGGUUGGAGUGUUGGGUGAGGAAGCCUCAACUGAGUGUAUUUUCUGCAAAUCAGAGGUAGAAUCUGCUUCACAUGUCCUAAUUUCUUGUCCUCUGAUCUGGAAGGUCUGGUCUGGUUUAGUGAAGUGGUGGGGUUUGGUUUGGGUUGUACCUGGCUCUGUUGAAGGCUUGCUGCACUGGUGGGCUGGCACCUGCCUCAUGAAAGCUGAAAGGAGAGUUUGGCUUGCUAUCCCUCUGGUUGCAAUGUGGUCUAUUUGGAAACAUCGGAACAAUUGCUUGUUUAAUUGUGUUCAACCGGAUAUGGAGGAGCUUAAGGAGUCCAUUAUUAUCAGGUGGUCGGGGUUGAGUGUUUUUGCAGCUGCAGCAGUGAUUGGCCUAUAUUCUACCAUCUUCUGGUGUGCAGUAGCAGCAUAUGUGGGUUGGGCACUAGAAGGUAGAGUUUUCAGUUCAUGA